CGACUGGAGUACCCGACGUUUGAUAUUGAACACUUGUCACGUACUCGGCACUGCGCAGAAACAACGAAACAGCAGAGAAUCCCACGGGCAUACAAAAUGAUCUUCUAAUCUGUAUAAUUAUGGACUGUAUAGCAGAUUAAACUAAAGCGGUAACAGUGUAUACUAUACUCUAAUAAUCGCACGAGCCUGCAUGCACUGUCAAAGCAGUGGUGGUUUAAAUGGUCUGGAACCUUAAUAUUUAUCUACUGACACAGCGCUCUUGGAAUUUUUAUACCUAUUGUUAUUGACCAUAUCGAAUGUGUAUGGGAAAUUCUUCACGCUCCCCUUUGGAAGUAUGUGCGCACGUGUGAUUUUGUUACAAUGAUGCGGUGUUUGUUUAGCUCUUUGGGAUGAUCACUAUAUUUAGGAAUUAUUCAUUCCUGGGAUUUACUAUAUCAAAGUGUUCAGUAGUAGUAUAGAUUAAUUCUUCUAAGAGAUAUGCCUGGUGACAGUGUCAAAGUAGCUGUUCGUGUCAGACCAUUCAACCAGAGAGAGAAGAAUGCUGGCUCCAGUUGUAUCAUUUCUAUGAGUGGAGAUUCUACCACAAUCAAAAACCCAGAAAAUGGAUCCACUAAAAUGUUUGCCUUUGACUACUCCUAUUGGUCACAUGACAGCUUCCAGGAGAAUGGGGAGGGUGUGUUUACUCCGAGGUCUGGCUCCACUAAAUACACAGACCAGAGACGAGUGUUUCAGGACCUGGGGCAGGGGGUGCUGGACAAUGCAUGGCAGGGCUACAAUGCUGCCCUCUUUGCCUAUGGCCAGACUGGGUCAGGGAAGAGCUACUCUAUGAUAGGGUACGGACCAAACAAGGGCAUCGUCCCCAUCACUUGUGAAGAGCUGUUCAAAGCAAUAGAGACCAAUAAAGACAGCCAAAAACAGUUACAGGUAUCCUUCAGCAUGCUGGAGAUCUACAAUGAAAAAGUCAAGGAUCUGCUGGUGAAGUCAAAGCAGGCCACAGAGGGCCUUAAAAUCCGACAAAAUCCGCAAGCCGGAUUCUAUGUGGAUGGACUCAGAAAUGUACCAGUGAGGAAUUACAAGGAGAUAGAGAAAUUGAUGGAGCAAGGAACGGUGAACAGAACCACCGCCUCUACCAACAUGAACGCCACCAGCAGCAGGUCCCACAUGGUCAUCACCAUCCGAUUCAAUCAGGUCAUAAGGAACGCAGGGGGUGAAAGUAACACGAGAAGCAGUGACAUUAACUUGGUGGAUUUGGCAGGAAGUGAACGGGCCGACUCGACAGGUGCUACAGGGGAUAGGUUAAAGGAGGGCUCAGCCAUCAACCAAAGUUUGUCCACGCUCGGAAAUGUUAUUAGUGCUUUGGCAGACAUUGCUGGGGGAAAGAAAAAUGUAUUGGUCCCUUAUCGAAACUCUGUUCUCACCAAACUCCUACAAACGGCCCUCGGAGGCAACAGUCGAACCAUCAUGAUAGCUGCAUUAAGUCCUGCUGACAUUAACUAUGAUGAAACAUUGUCAACACUACGAUAUGCUGACAGGGCCAAGAAGAUCCAGAACAAGGCCGUGGUCAAUGAGAGCCCCACAGACAGGCUGAUCCGCGAACUGAAGGAGGAGAAUGCCAGGCUCAUGGCAGCCCUCGGCAAAGGCGGAGGGAAAGCCGACGACUCCGAGGAACUGCAGAGACUUCUAAGAGAGAAUGAGAGAAGAAUGGCAGAUAUGGACAAAACAUGGGAGCAAAAACUUGAAGAAGCAAGGAGGGAGUGGGAGAGAGGACACGGAGGAGUAGAUCAUGAGGAGGAGCAGGCAGAGUGGAGGAGACUGCCCUACUUCACCAAUGUUAACGAGGACACACAGCUCUCUGGGGUCAUCAAACACUGCCUGCGUGUAGGAGAAACAACCUUUGGUAAAAGUUCUACAGCCACAUACAUCAUACGAGGACUGGGAAUACAGGAACAACAUGCAAUUAUCAAAAACAGUGGUUCAAAGGUUACCAUGGAACCAGUCAAAGGAGCCAAGAUUUACGUCAAUGGGAUAAAGCUCAAGGCCAAGCAAGAACUCUGUCACUUGAGCAGAAUAAAGUUUGGGUCCAGUUGCUUGUUUUUGUAUGUGGGGCAAGUUUCAGAGAGGAAAGCAAAUGACGAGAAGGAGUACGAUUAUGAUUAUUUCAUGGCUGAAUUGGCGGAGCAUCGAGGAGUGGCCAUAGAUUUGCAGACGCCGAAGAUUAAUGAGUCAAUGGAAAAUCUCAAGUCCUAUGUGUUAUUCCAAGAGUUCAUGGACCUAUUGCCACAGAUAUCUGAAGCUAAUGCAAUUAGUUUAGAAUUAAAUAAGGGAGUGAAAUUUGAGGCAGAAAUUAAAACACCUGCUAGUCAUGAUGCACUACAACAUGGAGGAAAAGAAGUUAUAAUUCAAGUUACAAAUGAAAAAACAAAAAAGGUUUGGAUCUGGUCAAAAGAAAAGUUUCUCCACCGUAAGGAUCUGAUGGAAGAGCUCUACUGUAGGUACAUGGAUGGGGAGAGUCUUCCUAUGGGCAGGGACACAGACCCGUUCUGGGAUCCAGUGGAAGAUAUCUUCCUAGGAAGCUGCCAUAUAAUGUUACAAAGUCUGUCCUACUGUGUGGAAAUAGAUGAACACUUUACCUUACACAAUUACCAUGGGAAGGAAGAAGCUGUGAUGAGGGUGAAGAUCUUCCCACUGAAUGACAAGGGAGAAUAUCUGGGAGAUGAAAGUAUAGUAGAACCCCGGGAAUUACUGGGAAAACCGUUUAACUUUGAGAUCUCCAUACCUGAGUGCAUGGGAGUGCGUUGGUGUUCAGAGGACAGAUCUAGAGGGGUCUACUGCAAGUUUACCAUCAUCAGCAAGGAACCAGUGAAGAGUCAGACAGUGUGGGGUAAGGGCUACUGUGACUUUGGUCUGAAGCAUCGAGUCCGGGAGAAGAAGGUCACACAGGAGUUCAUCAACUACCUACAGACUCACUCCCUGGUGGUGGAGCUCUGGGGGUCACAAGGUGGACCAUACCAAAGUUCAUUGAAUGAAGAGGACCAAAUACAUCAAACGUUUAAUGGAAGCAAUGGUCAUGCACAGUCUGAUGAUGUUUUUUCACAACUGAAAAAUAAGGAUUUAGAGAUAGAGCAUUUGACAAAAGAUUUGGAUGCCAUGAAGAAAGAUAAUUUUAACCUGAAGAAAAAACUGGAUAAGCAACAAACUCAAAUUGACAUGAAAAAACAGAGAAGAGGUUUAAGCAGUGCUCCUCCAGUUGUAGAUGUGUCACAAGCCAGUACAACUGAUGUAGGACUUGAUGCAGACUUGGCCCAGGCACUUAGGUUGUUCUUCAAGGAUGUGAAAACUGUGCAAGGACAAAUCUCAGAAAUCAAAGAAUAUGCUAAAAUGUCACAACAUGGGUCAUCGGACAAUGGUAAUAUAAAGAAAGCCCUGGGCAAACAGGAACAGAAACUUCAUGAGGUGGAGAGCAGACUGUCUGGCUGUGUUGAUUCUCUGAAGGAAAGUGUAGCCAACACGCUUCGGAAAGCAAAGAGAUGACAGGUCGCUUAAAAGAUAUAUAUACUAUCAUUUGUUAAAAAUAUUUGAGUUGCCCCAAAGUCAUAAAAUGGCAUAUAGUAAAAACUGUGAUGAACCAAUAUACAUGUGUUGUCUUGUCCACCAUCAUUGGGACAUGAUUCAUGGCACUGAAUCAAGAAGGACAAAGAUUGGGUUGUUAAAACAGUAUUAAUACAGAUAUCUAAAUCAAAUAUCUAUCUAAAAGUGUUCAUAUGCAUUUUGUCUCAAAUCUUUUAUCUAUCAUUAUAUCAAAUGCUUCAGAAUCAAAAUAGAUUAAUCUGUUUGGGUUUAAGAUGAAGAAUAUGUCAGAUUUCACUAGAUCCUAAAAGACAGAAACUAUUGAGAGUUUAAUACAGGUUGUUAAAAUAUGUACUUUAGUGUGUUGAUUGUUGAAACUGCCAUAUGUGUUUUCAUAAUGCUUUGUAUGGUGUCCAUUUUUUGUUUAAAUUUAUCUGGAGCUUCAAUGUAUUUUAAUCUGGUGCGUUAUUUGUGUAUCCAUAGUGAAUCUGCUGAUGAUUUGAUUGGUGCAGAGAUAAGAUAUGUUUUUUUUUGAGAAAGGUUUUAUUGUAGAUUUGGUGAAUAGAGAUGACUGAUUGUGCAAUAUGUUGGGCUGUUUAUAAUUACGUACGAGGACUCUCUGACAAGAAAGACAACUCUUACUGGGAUUACUAGGCCACUUUUAAUACAUUGUCUGCUUGACGGUGCUUUGAAUGGACUGACAAAAAUGGCUCUAACUCCAAACAUCAUGCAGUGAUAUUUUUCUGAAAUCCCUGCUGGCAAAACAUUAAGUUGAAUUAAAUUUUUAAAGGAAUUUGAUGGAAAAAUAUUAUUUUUUCUAACUUUACAGACUUUUCAAAAAGUGUACCAGUAAAUACCAAUUUGGAAGUUGGCAAAAUAAAAAGACUUGGUUUGUUAAUAAAAGGGACUCUUUUUUUUCUUCAUUGAAAAUUUGUGAAAUUUAGCUUGCAAGGAAUGCUGAUAUUAUGUGCAUUUUCAUUUCUUUUGGAAAAUCAUUAUUCAUUUCAGUUGUUGUUAGAUUAUUGAUAAAAAAAACCAUGUACUUUUGUUUGGUCGAAAAGACAGUUAACUUUUGCAUUUGAUGCAGUUUUCCUUUAGAGUACAAGAACUGAUAAAUUUUGUUAAGGCAACAUUAAUUAAGUGACUUAGUGUGAGAAUGGCCAUGGGAAAGUUGGGCUUUAUUCCCAAAAUUAUUUUUGCUUUUUGGUAACGUAUCUAUUUGGUUAGUGAUAUUACAUUAAUAUCCAUAGAUUGGGGGAACAGGUCUCUCAGAGUCAACAAAAACUUACUAAAGAGUUAAGAUGGAUUAUGAAUUAAGUGGGCCACCUUUCAUCCAUUUCUGUCUACUGUUUACAGGGAAAUAUUCGCCCCCGCUUUAUUUUCACUUCUUUUGCCCUCUUUGUCAGCGAGCGAAUUCUAAUGUCUCGCAUUAUCUCUCUUUAAACACAACUGUGUCUGGGCGAAUUCAAGACGGGGAGAAACCGUUUGCAAGUGUAGAGGGACGAAAAAUUACACUGGGCGAAAAUAACCCUGUAUACAUACAGUAUUAAUUACAUGUAUAAGGCAUAGGAGCUGCUUGUUUACAAUAUACAGGGUGCGUUUUGACUGUUGGUGUACAAUUUUCUGUACAAAAUGUGUCUGUGCUGAACUAGUCGUGUCUUUAUUUUGUGUUGUAUUUAUAUAUUGUAUAUAGAAUCGGAACAUGUACUGAUAAAUUAAUUGAUACACAGAAGUUUUAUUCUAUUUGUUAAUGAGUUUGAACACCUGUGGAUUGUUCAAGUGUAAAUGCACAAUUUGUAUUCAGCAAAUCUGAGGGAAAUUAAAACGAAAGGAAAAGAU